GGAUGUGUAUAUAUUCUGUGUUCAUGACGUUGUAGCCAAAGUUCGAUAGCACUCGGGAAGAAAAAAACAUCAAUUCAAUAAAAGGAGUAACAUUACUUGUCGAAAGAUAUUAUUUACUUGCUGUAUUGUUAAACUGCUGUUUUUAUUUGAACAUUUUAUUUUGUAAAUGAAAAAGUGUGAGGUAAAAGAAUGCCUAAAAAUAAAUUUUCAGAAGCAGUGGAUCCUCGUUUUUUAGGGAUCUUUGAGUCGUCAAGCUCUAAACAAGAAUCCGUUGCUUCGGACGAUGCAAACAGUACAAAUCAAAAAAUUAGUAAGAAAAGCAGCACUGGGAGCCCUUAUUUACCCUACCUUUCAGAAAAGCUUUUUGAAUAUUUUGAUAAACACACCAAAGAAGUUGAAAGACCAAAACCUGUAGCUGAUCUGUCUGAUUUGCAAGUUUGUGAAAUACGUUUGUUUGAAAAUUCUCAACCCAUAACAGGAGAUGAACAAGUAGCUGUUGAGGAAAGACCUUUAAAAAAGAAGAAAAAGAAGCACAAAAGUAAGGAAAAAGAACUUUGGAAGCAAGUAGCAGUUACUCCUGAAUGGUUGUCUCGGCAAGCAAAAAUUUUAAACUCUUGACAUCUUGUUCAUUGAUUUUUAAUUAAAAAGUUGAAUUCAAUGGGAGACCCUUCUAUAAUUUUGAUAAUAGAAAAUAAAAUUAUGAUUAAUCAUUUUAAAAUUUCAUCAUUGAUCAUGAGUAAACUUGUUCAUUAUCGUCAAACUUACCAGAUUUUAAUUUUAGUUGCUCUUAUUUUAUGUUUAAUAUUUAUUCUUCAUCAUUUUUUUUUCCUGCAAGUCUUUCUAAGUUGGUAUUCUAAGAUCAUUAUCUCUGUACAUAAUACAAAUGUAAUAAAAGUAGU